GGCUGCGGGAAAUGUCAUUUAGGCGCUUUAAGGCAGGUGAUCGGAGUUCAAAUCGUUCAAAUCACGCCCCAGCCACGGAUUUCUCAGGAUCACAUAAGCGGAUCUUGAAGGCCAUGCUUUGUUGGCUACUUGCGGCAUAAGUGAUUCAAAAGCAAGAAUUGGUCAUGGAAUUUCUUCCUGCGCUAAAUUGUAGUGUACAAUAUAGACUGGUCGAUGGUUCCUUUUGUCUCGCAACAUAUAUAUACGUAAUUGGGCACAAAAUGGCACAAAAACGUGCUGUAGUGGUUAUUAUUGCUGGCAUCACGGAGGCCAUAACAGCCUCACAAGUAUACAGACGGCGCUAGCGGCGCCGGUCCCACGCGGCCGGUAAAAUAAGUCGUGUUGUUAUUCCUCCGUCUUGAAUGUGCCGGUCGGUAGUGCACGCUGCUUCGAUGUGUUUGUUUGAUCGUGUGUUUUUAGGUUUGCCGUAAUGAAAUGUGGUGUUCGUGUGCAUGAAAGUGCCGGAAGGUAGCCUGCGUCUCGCUGCAAACUCGCCGUAUGCGUGGCGCGCCAGGCAAAUGUGGACCAACGAUUUUCAUGCCGUGGAGUGUGUUCCCUUUGUCUUGGGUGGUCGUGAAAAGUUUUGUGGACGUCGCGAUGAAAUAAUGCGUAUUAUUAGCGUGCCUCAGCUCGUCCAUUACGCAACGGCAUGUAUGCUGGAUCAACAUCGUCGACGCAGCACUGGCAACUCGGAGAGCUCUUUUCCAUCUCAUCGUACUGUUCGAAAGUGGCGAGACCUUGGCCAGCAACAGUGUCCACUAAAAGGAGGAGCCCCCAGAAAUGCAGACCUCAUACGAGUGCCUGCAGCAGCAUGGCUGGAUGCUCAUGUCAGGCUUCACCGUGGCAGAGUACCAGGCGGAACCAACGAGGUUAAAAGCUAGCCUUUCCUCGCUGCUUUCCAGGAAGUGAAGUAGUGGGCGAUCAUGUAAGAAUGAACUUGCAACAUGUGAG